GAAGGUCGUCGGGUCAUGCAGGGCUUUGAUUUUCUGCUUGGGUGGGGGAAAUUCCCAGGAUGUGCAAUGCGAUGAUUGUGCAAUACGACGAUAUUGUGCAAUAUAGGAUGAUACAGCAAUUUGCAAAUUAAAUUAGGUUUAUCAGAGCCAGCCAGACAGUUCCUUUUGCAGCCCAGACACCACGGAAAAGAACAACAAAUAAGCCUACAGACUUUUCUCGUAUAAAAGUGACCAGUACACGUGAAAUCACCAUGGAUGUACAGCCUGGGCGUUGCUGGUGUUGUGAGAAAAUUCUCCCAGAGGACACCGCGCCUUGCGACCGAUGCCCGAUGGCCGUGUAUUGCUGCACACAGUGUCGAGACAGGGACAACGUCAGACACAGCGCCAUGGAGUGCGAAAUGUUCGGGGAGAAGAAGUGCAGUUCUUGCAGCACACUUGGGAAAACACGGAUGUGUUCAGCAUGCAACAGUGCAUGGUACUGCAAUGCAGACUGCCAACGGCGUGACUUUCCAGCGCACAAGAAAACGUGUCGAGAAAUUCUGGCAUCCAUCAAGCAAAUCUCGUCGAAUCUUAGCAGAUUGAAAAGACAUGGGUAUGACGAUUUUCCCGAAUACUUUGGGAACACCAUGGCGGUAGACUUCCUUCAACUUGAAAACAAUGAAUGGUCCGGAAAGAGUGUUGGAAAAAAACAGCUUGGUAGGGACUAUCAUGUCUUAUCUGCUGGUUGCGGAGACCUAUGCAACACAGUACUCACGGCUGCUUCCCUGCCUAACAAGUACCAGGGAAAACUGCACGUGACUCUGAAUGAUUUGGAUCUAUUUGUGAUGGCAAGGAACGUGCUGUUUCUCUUCAUGUUGGUCCGCUUUGCAGAAACUGAAGACAUCGCUUCCAGUUUGACCACCAUCUGGUACUCACUCCAUAUUUCCAAGAGAGAGUACGACUUGAUCAAGACAAGCUUGGCUGAACUCAUUCGGAUGAGUGCUCGGCAACUCCACGAUGCCACCAAAGGACUGGUGAGUGUCCUGGAUGAAGAACUUGGGUAUCUACGCCAGGUUUGGAAAGGAUGGCAAUCACUGGAAUGUCGAAGAGACAAUCGAGCCGCUAUCAAUCUGGCACAACAAAGAAAGGACAUGUUUGAAAACAGCGACCAAGCUAUAAAAGGCAGCCGCUCAAAAUAUUUAGCGUGUCUAAAUGCAAAUGAUAGAAAACAGAUGGAGAAGUGGUUUGAACAUGGUCUGUUCCUACCCUGUGAGGCAAAUCAAAGAGACAUACCAUUCGACAACCCUACACUUACUGCCAUAGAGGCAAGCAAGUUCACAGCACAAUUUGGUAGUCCACAACUACAACCUUCUGUAUUAUUACACGAUUACGACUUGUUCGUGUACAGGUACCUCAUGAGUCCAAGAAAGACGCCCUUCGCAGUAUGGGACUGCUUGAGAGUUAAAGAGCACACCUCUGGAUCCCACUCCUCUUGGAUGGUGAUGUACCACAAGUACGUCACAAACCUCAUGCAGAAAUUCAAGAGUUUCAUCCAUGAGGGAAGGCUCCUCAUUCGUGUUUCUUUGACCAGCUGCCUGGACUUUCCUAGACAUCACCAAUCCCUGCAAAUGCCCAACUAUGACCGCAUCUUCACCUCCAACCUUGCCGACUAUAUUUGCUUUGCUAAACUCCUGCAGAUUUUUAAGCCACUGCUCAAAUCCAGCAACAGCUACUCUGUCGUUGUCACAGAGAUUAUGUAUUUCUAUCUCAAUGUUCCCGACGCUUACCCGGGAAAGACACUUCCAGAACCCCAACGUCGGAAAUUAGUUUUGGAUUGCAUCCAGGACUUCCCGGCUCUAACACCAGCACAAAUACAAAACAAGAUCUUUGAUUAUCACAACACUACCUCUCACUUUCUCCGGUAUCUCCGUGCAGAAAUCAUGGCAGGAGGGUUUGACAUACCGGCACUCCAGGAUGUACCGUCGUUUGAGAGUGUGAAGAAGUGUCAGGGCAUGCAAAUGCGUGACUUCCAGAAGGAACUGAACAAGUUUGUUCCGUUUCAGCAUCGAUGGAAUGUAAGGAGCCUCACGUCACCACCUCCAGGUUGCAGAGCUGUAGAGUGGUUGCUUCCGAAAGAAUAAAGGUUAUACAUUGUAGGCUGUACCCAAACCUCUACUCUAGAGCUACACAUGUAUAACGACAACCUUUCAAACUUUCAAAAGCAAAUUAAAGGACUGGUUCUCAGUCCGUAUGUUAUCGAUACUGAUUGCGGGGCGUGAAUCAGACAGCCUCCUGCGAGAACGGAGUUAUUGUCGGGCAGCCAAGAAUUCGGUCUGUAAAGUAAGAAUUCUCUCCUAAACACGGGGCGAUGUUUUUCAGUCAAUGUCUCAUUCAAAAGUGAAUACCUUUUGCAGUGCUAGAAAAGUAGCAAUUUGGAAAAGGAUUUUUUUUGGGAUGAAAGUCGACAUCUUGGUUGCCGGGCAGUAUGAACAGUUACUCCUGUUAGAAAUAUAAAUGGAAUUCUGUCAGUGUUUUUGAAAUAUAUAGUCCUAUUGGCAAAUUUAUGCUUAAACGUCUCAAAUUUGGAUUGUGAAGACUACUGAAAGUACCGUGUAAAUAAAACCUUGUUUCUGCAUGAUUUUAGUUUAUGUAGUUUCUGAUCUGGCACGAGUGAUGUAUUAAUUGAUGUAAAUAUUCACUUGUUCAAGUUCAUGUUUACUUAUACUUCUCCAGGGUUCGACCUUAACUAUUUUGUUCACUGGCCGGCCGGGCUACUGAAACGGACGUAUUUUCAGGCUCAAUUCUGAGGCAAUUUUGUCGGUGUGUUUAAUAAACUAAUAAUUUAACCUUUUAAAACAGUUGAUAAAAUCAGACACAAAUUGAUGGGGUUUUCUUUCUGAAUUUAAUGAUUAAUUUUUCAUCCUGUCCGUUCAUCUUUGCCGUAUCCCAAUAAUUUUG